AUGACACAUAUCGGAUUUCCCAGGUCACUGAAGAACAGGGACGACACAGGAGUGGAUGCCGUCUGCAGCUACAGAAACCACCUCGCAUCUCCCAGGUUUGGCAGAGAAAAGGUUUACCAUGAGCUGAGCAAUAUGACAAAGAACAUCACCCAGUUAGGACUCUACACUCUGGACAACACGAGCCUCUAUGUCAAUGGUUACAAUGAACCACUUACUCUCCCAUCUGCAAAACCAUCCACCACACAAAGCCCACUACCAGCCACGGAGCUUUUCACACUGAACUUCACAUUAACCAACCUCCAAUACACCCCAGAUCUAGGGAAUCCUGGUUCUCCCAAAUUCACCUCGACACAGAAAAUAAUGCUUCAUUAUAUGGAUUUUCUGCUCACAAACAGCAGCAUUGGCCCUGCCUAUACAGACUGCAAAAUAAUGGCAUUUAGGUCGGUGAUGAACAGGGACGACACGGGAGUAGACGCCGUCUGCAGCUACAGGAAUGACCCCACAGCACCCACGUUUGACAGAGUGAAGGUUUACCGUGAGCUGAGCAGCAUGACGAAGAACAUCACCCAGUUAGGACCCUACAACCUAGACAAGAAGAGUCUCUAUGUCAACGGAUACAACGAAGCCCUUCUUGAGCCAACUCUGAGUCCAACUAUCCCACAAAAUCCAACCGAUGCGCAUUUCUCACUGAACUUCACCUUAACCAACCUCCGCUACACUCCAGACCUGGCGAUUCCUGGAUCCCCCAAAUUCAAUUCGACAGAGAAAAUAAUGCUCUAUUAUAUUGAUCCUCUGGUCAGAAACAGCAGCAUUGGCCCUGACUUCUCAGGAUGCAAAGUGAUGGCCUUUAGGUCGGUGAUGAACAGGGACGACACGGGAAUAGAUGCCGUCUGCAGCUACAGGAAUGACCCCACAGCGCCCAGGUUUGACAGAGUGAAGGUUUACCGUGAGCUGAGCAGCAUGAUGAAGAACAUCACCAAGUUAGGACCCUACAACCUGGACAAGAAGAGCCUCUAUGUCAACGGAUACAACGAAGCCCUUCUUGAGCCAACUCUGAGUCCAACUAUCCCACAAAAUCCAACCGAUGCGCAUUUCUCACUGAACUUCACCUUAACCAACCUCCGCUACACUCCAGACCUGGCGAUUCCUGGAUCCCCCAAAUUCAAUUCGACAGAGAAAAUAAUGCUCUAUUAUAUUGAUCCUCUGGUCAGAAACAGCAGCAUUGGCCCUGACUUCUCAGGAUGCAAAGUGAUGGCCUUUAGGUCGGUGAUGAACAGGGACGACACGGGAAUAGAUGCCGUCUGCAGCUACAGGAAUGACCCCACAGCGCCCAGGUUUGACAGAGUGAAGGUUUACCGUGAGCUGAGCAGCAUGAUGAAGAACAUCACCAAGUUAGGACCCUACAACCUGGACAAGAAGAGCCUCUAUGUCAACGGAUACAAUGAAGCCCUUCUUGAGCCAACUCUGAGUCCAACUAUCCCACAAAAUCCAACCGAUGCACAUUUCUCACUGAACUUCACCUUAACCAACCUCCGCUACACUCCAGACCUGGCGAUUCCUGGAUCCCCCAAAUUCAAUUCGACAGAGAAAAUAAUGCUCUAUUAUAUUAAUCCUCUGGUCAAAAACAGCAGCAUUGGCCCUGCCUUCUCGGGAUGCAAAGUGAUGGCCUUUAGGUCUGUGAAUAACAAGGAUGACACCGGAAUCGACGCCAUCUGCAGCUACAAAACCAGCCCCCCCGUCACCCUGCUUGACAGAGUUAAGCUUUAUCAUGAGCUGAGCGGCAUGAGCAUGGGCACCACCAAGCUGGGAGCAUACACCAUGGAGAAGAACAGCCUUUAUGUGAACGGCUUCCGUCCCUCAGAUGUAGCUACUACUACAAACCCUUCUCCCACGGGGACUCCAGGGAAUGUGGGAUAUCAGUUCAACUUCAGAAUAAUCAAUGCAAACCUGAGCGACACAAAUCCGAGUUCUGAGUUCUACCAAGCACUGCAGAAAGACAUCACCACCAAGAUGAACCAGCUGUACACAAAGAGCAACCUUACAGACAGAUUCCUGUUUUGCAAUGUCACAGGCUUGAGGAUUGGCUCGGUCGUGGUCGACUGCCAUUGCUUCUUCACGUCAGCGACCAGCUUCAGCCAGGAGAGUGUUCUAAGCGCGUUUCAGGCUGGAACUAAGAACGUAAGCGCACAAUGGCUGGAAGGCCGUUACCAGCUGCAGAACGCCACAGUGACCGUCUCAGUUUUGGAGCCAGAAAUCAAACCAGCGACUCGGCCACCUGUCAGUGCUCAGCAGGAGACUUUCAAGUUAAAUUUCACCAUCACUAACCUGAAUUACACGUCAGAUCUGAACCAACCCACCUCAGAUCUUCAUCAGAAACACAAGCAGAAUAUUGAGAAAGAGCUUGACAACAUUUUCAGAAAAAGCAGCAUCGCGAAGUACUUCACUGGCUGUUCCGUUGACAGUUUUAGGUCCAUCUCUGGGAAAAGGUACACUGGUAUUAAUGUUGUCUGCAAAUUCAUGCUGGACAGCACAUCAAAGGCCUUUAACAGAGAAGCAGUGUACGCGGAGUUUGAGCGAAUAACCAACGGAGGGACUCAGCUAGGGGCCAGCUACCAAAUAGACAAGGAGAGCUUGCUUGUGAACGGUUAUUCUCCUCUCAUCACAAUGACAGGCGAGCCCAGCAGAUCUGAGCUCCCGUAUUGGGCGAUAAUCCUCAUCUGCCUCUCAGCAUUGCUUGGCUUGAUCAUCCUCUUCCUCCUGUGUUUCUUGAUUGCCUUUUGUCUGAGAAGAAAGGCAGGCCUGUACCAGGUCCAGCAGGACCUAUACGGGGUCUAUUUCCCACACCUGGACAUGAGAAAAAUGCACUGACGUGUUGCAGAGAUGAACUCUGUGCACCCAGAAGCGCCUCUUCUUACGGACCCACUCACCCACCAGGAGAGAAAAAAUGUUUACAACUGCAACAAAGAAUGUUUUGUGUCUCCCUUAGUAAAUUAUGGUUAGCCUGGACUCCUCUUUUCUUUUGGCCUUGAUACUGAACAUCUUUGCACUGAUCUCAGCCAUGAUUUUGUAUUGUGGAAAACUGCCGGCAGUGCAGAUGUGUUGGGAAAAGAUAUUUAUUUUUGUAUGCACUGUGCGGUUUUGAGCAAAUGUUAUACUUCCAAAAACCAAACCAGAAAAUGAAGUGACCACUAGAUCAAUGCAGUCUACUGUGCUGCUCAGUGUUAAUGUAUUUUUUUCUGAAGGGGGAAAUUAAAUUAGUUAAUUUAUGGUAUUUUAGGUACUAACUAUUGUAAAUGAACAAAACAAAGAAAAUGCACUUUAAUUCUACCUUGUUUUUUCUGCUUUAUAAUUCAAAAUGAAAUAUGUCUAUAUUUUAAACAGAUGAGAAACAUAAUUUUAUAUUUUAAAUGAUGCCAGAUUUGUGUUUGUUAAAUAUGCAUUAUGAAAUAUAACUCAGAGAAAUUGAGAGACAGUUGUGCCAUGUCACUCAGGGUAGAGACUAUAACACAGAUUGCAAUUCAGAAAUAAAGGAUCAGAAAUCAUUC